AUGCCACAGGCCAGCCAUGAUGACGGGAGUCACAAGAGGCGCUCAGUAAUACAUGUGCUCCCAGAUCCUCUGUUCAUUCUGCUCGUUGGUGAAGGAAAUUUGAGCUUCAGUUAUGCGCUUGUCAAACGCCUGUCCCGCAGCGCGGUUGUCCGCCGUGCGACGCAGAAUGAGGUGGUAGCGAGCGAGCGGCGGCGCGGCAUCGUAGUAGAGGUGGUGGCAACCACCUUUGACAGUGAGGCAGAGGUGUCGCGCAAGUAUCCGGAGGCGGUGGGGUUCCUCGCGUACUUUGCAGCGAAGCAGCGCGUGCGUGUAGGCUACUACGGCGAUGUGAACGCGACGUCGCUGUCGUCCGCCGCUGCCCCGCUGCGAGAUCACCCCUUUCACCUUGUCAUCUUUAAUAAUCCCCACAUCGGAUUCGAGGAUCUCUACCGACAUAUCGCCCUGCUGUCGCACUUCUUCCGCAGCGCCAGCGAGCUGCACAAGCGGACACCGACAGUGGACUUUGCCCAGGAGAUCGUGGUCACUCUCUGCGAUGAUCAAGCGCAGCGGUGGGACUUGCUCGGAUGCGCGGCGCGGAACGGCUACAUAUGCGUCGCGGCUGUGCCGAUACGCUCCGCCGACUUUCCCGAGUAUACAAACCGCCGUCACCAGCGCCACGCCGCCUUCCCGUUUCGUAUCAUGGUGCAGUACUACUUUGUGGCCCCGCAAGACGCGCUGCACGAGGUGCUGCGCGACCUCUCCGCGGAAUUGACACUGUGGGAGCAGGAGCGCCAGUCGCGUCUCCAUGAGGGAUUACCCUGCAGCUAUACCUGCGUGGAAUGGUUGCGCGUGGCAAAGUCGAACUUUGGCUAUUCUCCCCAAGCCGCCGACGCGACGGCAGAAGUCAGCGACUCCACCGCUACAAGCCCGUGCUUCUCGAGCGGUGACGACUUCUCUGUCAACGGAUCCGCCGGCUCUGCGCAGCAACCUUUGCCGCUUCUCCAUCCGACGCUGGUGGCCUGCGUUGUGGGAGCAGCUGCUAUGGCGCCUUUCUCCUCCGACCCUUCUGCGGACCACACACAGGCGUUCAUGCCGUACUUGCCCAGCUCUACGUGGAUCCGUCUGUAUCGAGCACAGCGCUUGGCGGAGCGGCGGUUGUGCUCCUCUCCUGCUCUUGCGCCGCCGAAGGCACCUCCGCUACCGCCUCACCUGGACUCGUUGAUGCUUGGCCGCCCACUCACGUCGAAAGAGGCCAAGAAGCUUGAGCGCUACUUGUCUGGCUACGGCGCCGCGAUGAGGGCAAAGGCUCAGCAACGCCGACCAGCCGAGACGCAGGCGGCCUGUGCAUGUCGCUGCAACGAGUGCCAGCCGGCUCGCACCUUCGAGACGGACGCCGAUCUGCGACAGCACCAGCUCGCGAGGCACUGUGACGCGACUCUACCCGCGCCAACGCUGUACGCGCGUGUGCACGAGCAGGUGGUGGAGACUGCAAGUCACCGCCUGGAGAAAGCUCUGGAUGGCUUGGAUAUCCAGGACGGCGGCGAUAGCAGUUACUGCGAGGUGUGCGGACUGCGUUUCAAGAGCGGCGAUGCUUACGAAGAGCACCUCCACUACUUAUCUCCCCUUCCAGGCGACGAUGCAGCGAACUUGGUGUGCACCGUCUGCCAGCCGGUGAAGUGCUUUACCGACCGCCGCGCACUUGAGCAGCAUCGCGUCACAAAGCACGCGGCAGGGGACUGA